UCCCAGCACUUUCUUAGUCGAAUUUCGCAGCUUGUCAAAAGUUGGGAUUUCCAGGAAUGUCACUUUACAAAUGGUAGUAGGAGAUAAAGUGAUUUUAGUUCAAAUGGAGCAGUAUGAAAUUCUAGAACAGAUUGGCAAAGGUGCGUUUGGUUCUGCUCUGCUAGUGAGGCACAAGCUCGAAAAGAAAAAGUAUGUCCUCAAGAAGAUCCGCCUUGCUCGCCAAACUGACAGAAGCCGUAGGUCCGCCUACCAGGAGAUGGAGCUUAUAUCUAAAGUUCGAAAUCCAUUUAUUGUGGAGUAUAAAGAUUCCUGGGUAGAAAAGGGUUGUUUUGUAUGUAUCGUCAUCAGCUAUUGUGAAGGAGGAGAUAUGGCUGAAGCUAUAAAGAAGGCUAAUGGUGUUUACUUUCCUGAAGAGAAGCUUUGUCAGUGGCUUGUGCAAUUGCUGAUGGCACUUGAAUACUUGCAUGCAAAUCAUAUUCUUCAUCGUGAUGUCAAGUGUUCAAAUAUAUUCUUGACGAAAGAUCGAGAUAUACGUCUAGGUGACUUUGGUCUAGCUAAAAUGAUGACAUCUGAUGAUCUUGCUUCCUCAGUUGUUGGGACUCCAAGUUAUAUGUGCCCGGAGCUUCUUGCUGAUCUACCAUAUGGCUCUAAGUCAGAUAUCUGGUCUUUGGGAUGCUGUAUUCAUGAAAUGGCUGCUCACAAGCCCACUUUUAAAGCUUUUGAUAUUCAAGCAUUGAUUAUGAAAAUAAACAAGUCUAUAGUAGUUCCACUGCCAACUAUGUAUUCUGGUGCCUUCCGACGGCUUGUCAAAAGUAUGCUGCGAAAAAAUCCAGAGCUUAGGCCAACUGCUGCAGAGUUACUAAAUCAUCCACAUCUUCAGCCAUACAUACAUAAAAUUCACCUAAAAUUAAGUAACCCCAGAAGUACACUUCCGUUCCAAUGGCCUGAGUCAAACUAUGUACGGAGAACUCGGUUUAUAGAGCCAGAAUCUAUUUCUACUCUUUCUGAUCAAGAUAAACGCUUGUCAUUAAGCAAUGACAGGGCCUUGAAUCCUAGUAUUUCUGGAACUGAACAAGGUUCUCAGUGUUCUACUCAAAGAGCACAUGGAUUAUCCACUUGUUCAAAAGAGAAGCUCUACGAACAAUCCUUUGCCUGUGUCUUUGACGAAUGCAAUACUAGCAAAUCGAAAGCCACAAAGUCCUCAACUGUUAAGAGAACACCAAGAUUAAGAGCAGCUAAGGAUUCUGCUACUGCGAGAAGGCACACAAUGGCACCAACAAAAAUAUCCAGAACUAGUUCAAAGCAUGAUUCACUUCCAGCGUCUAAUGCACCAUCUGUAAAGUUUUCCCCACCAACUCAUAGAGCAUCACUUCCACUUCCUAAAACAGCCACGGCCACAGCAAGCUUUUACACCAAUGUUGGUCUCCUUCGAAAUGUGCACUCUCCAGAUGUUUCUGUUAAUGCACCACGAUUUGACAAGAUUGAAGAAUUCUCAAUGGCCUCUUGUGAUGAUUUGGCACAGUGCUCUUCUAGCUCAGCAGGGAGUGCUGAUUGCACAAUCACAAAGGACAAGUGUACAAUCCAGGUGGACAAAUUGCAUCAGCGUCGAUUUGACACCUCAUCAUACCAGCAACGUGCGGAGGCAUUGGAGGGGUUGUUGGAGUUCAGUGCCCGGCUACUACAGCAACAGAGGUUUGAAGAGCUUGGGGUGUUGCUGAAGCCAUUUGGUCCUGAGAAGGUUUCUUCAAGGGAAAUAGCUAUUUGGUUGACCAAGAGCUUUAAAGAAACACUGGUCUAAGUUUUUCUCAUGCACUUAAUAUAGUCAUUAGUAUAUUAAUAAUUGUAUAUUUGGGAACAGAAUUUGAAGUGUGGCUUUUAUUAUUGGCAUUGGCAUUUUCCAUGA